UAAUAAGUAAUGAAUAUCAAAAAAAUAAGUACUUAACUGAAAAUUUGUUAUGUGCAUUCAUAUUUCUUGAAAUAAUUAAAAACUUUGGAUAAAUAACCAUUUGAGUUUCAAUAUUUUCCAAUUUACCCUAUGUGUACCAGUCUAUUGCAAACCAGCUGUUUAUUGUUUAUGAUAACGGAAAUUGCAAUAAAUUUGCUAUGUUGAACUGAGCUAGAAUAAAUAAAUUCUCGAUACAAUUAAACUUUCAAAUUCUGGUGUUAUAUCGCAAAAAUGACGCGUAUUAAUUGGCGCUAUAGUGACAAGUUAAAAAAAUUAUUCACUAGAUAUCGUGCACGUUGGAGCUAUGCAAAGGUAUGGUUUCGCCGACUAAUCACAGAUUUCGAUUCAGAUACAUGUUUGGAACCAAUGUUCUGGUUCGUCGACAACUACACACAUUUAUUGGGACCAUUUUUCAUAUUCGCUGUCGCGGGCUUGACAAUUGCUGUAGUUGUGAUUGCCUAUUGGAUUGGUUUGCCCUUUUGGUGGGAGAAAAGCCCCAAAGCUACUGUGUUCUUAUUGAUUAUUGGCAAUUGGCUACUGCUUAAUGUCACUUUCCACUAUGUAAUGGGUGUAAUUACGCCACCCGGACAGCCGCCGAAAUUUAGCGAUGGUUCCUUCGAGGUGCGCAAGAUUUGUAAAAAAUGUCAUUUACCGAAAGCGCCACGUACACACCAUUGCUCCAUUUGUAACAAAUGUGUGCUGAAAAUGGAUCAUCACUGCCCGUGGCUAAAUAAUUGCGUAGGCUUCUUCAAUCAUCGCUACUUCUUCCUUUAUAUGGCCUACACCACUAUCGGUUGUCUAUUCCUGAUAAUUUGUGGCUUCGAAAUUGGCUAUAAGCAUUUGUGGCUUGAUCAUAGCGAUAGUUGGACCGAGUUGGAGCCUUUAGAAGGCCAACCAGUGAAAUUCAAUUUGAGUGGCCACAUCAUACCAGUGACUCAUGCACAUGAGUACGAUGAUGACAUAUUGUUGCCUGCCAAACAUGCACUGCCUACACCGCCUACCUCAGACGAUGGCACAUAUACGAUGGGCAGGCGGCGUGCCAUAAUAUUUAUGACCGCUACGAAUGUAACCGCUGUACUAGCGUUGGGUGCACUCACCAUCUGGCAUGCCAAAUUGAUAACACGCGGUGAAACUAGUAUUGAGGCGCUAAUAAAUCAAGAGGAAACCGAACGCUUACUUGAAGAAAACACAAUUUACGUUAAUCCAUAUAAUUUUGGUGCGCGUAAAAAUUGGAAAUUAUUUUUGGGUUUGGUGCGUGGACGAACAUUUUGGCGCACCGUUUUACUGCCGUCUUGGCAUAAGCCUGAAGGUAACGGUUUAGCAUUUCAUACGGUACACGACGAGCGUGCGUGUGUAACAAACGAUGAAUGGCCGUAACAACGUGUGUGUGUGUGCGAGGCACAAUGCAUUGCCAUUGUAAUUACCAAAUAAAAAGUGUUAACUUUAUUUAUUAAAAAAAAAUUGUGUUCACUCUGAACAUUCCUCCAUUUGUAGUGUACUGUGUACAGUGCAAACGUUUAUUAGGUUUGUCAGCAGGCUAUGUUAGCAGUAUUUAAAAGAAGCUUAAAAAGCAAACAAUUUUAUUAAAUUAAUUAUAAUCUUAAGCCUAUAGUGUAAUGUCAUAUUGUAAGCACGUAAAUUUCAAGUACUUUGUAUUAGUCUCAACUGGCGCUCUCUGUCAUUAACUUUAUGUACACCGUGUUGAAACACAUACUUACUAUUUUAAAUGCAAUCAAUAAAGUAAAUUU